GCCUAUACUGUACACCGUUUUCACAACGAACCGAUCGGCUUAAUCAAUGAGAAUACCUUUCACUUUGUGGGAGGCUCCAAAUGAUCAAAACGAUGUCUUAUAUCCGCAGUACACGAUCAAGUGUGGACUCGAAUGUACGCACCGUUUCCAACAGGACGAUGAAUCGGGGCAGACAAUUGGCACUAAUUAUCGUCUGUUUGGGCAGCAGUUGUUUGGCUGCCCGAAACGACCAUUGGAGAAAUUUGGAUGAACAGAGUGACUUGCUGGAAAACUUGGAAAGCCUCAAGGAAGCUCAGGAAGCGCUGCUUAAAUUGAGUAUUUAUUCGGCUACAAAGGGAAGGCAGUACUCCGAUGAUUCGAAUUUAACUAUCAACAUGAGUAAGGAGAAGUUUGAAAAUAUGGUUUCGAAGAUCAACUCUGAGGUCUCCUUGCUAAGAAACCAGGCACUGAUUUUAUCUCAAGCUUACAAGGAUCUGAUGGUAAAACACAAGUUAUCUCUGAAGAAGAUCGAUACGCUACAGGUGAAUAAACCUGCUACAGUUCCAGAGAAAUCCCCAAACCCAGAUGGCACCAACCCUCCACCAGGCACCAUUUCCAAUUCCGUUCAGCUGCCAAAACCUGUUCCAGAGUGCAACUGCAACUGUAUCCAACAGCCUAGCGGCCCCUACGUGAUUGGCAACAAAUACUACUACUACAACGUUUUCGCCACCGAGGACAAUUUAUCCAACCUUCCUCGACCACCGUGGAAACCGCAACCACCAUCACCUUCGGCACCGGCCUAUCAUCAACCACCACCGGCCCACCAUCUGAACCAGCGACCCUCGCGACCCGAUUGGGAUGAUCCGGAUGCUUUGCCAUCGCACAAACUUCGACCAGGAGCUACGCCGUCAAAGUUUAGUCUGCUUCAGGAUCAUACCGAACCGAAUACCACCCCCAGUUGGAAGAAGAAAUACUUCGAUCAACACGAUCUGGAAGCGGUGGAGAAACUUUUCUCCGACAGCGAGGCGCAAGCAUUGACGGAGCAGUGGGCCAGGAAGAACGAAAGACGAAAGGCUUCAAAGAUGGGGCCGUUCGAUCAUUGAGAUAGCAUAGCCCAUUCGCAUAGGUUUAACAGUUCAAGAGGCCCAUUUGUCGAAAAAGGUAUUAAUCAAAGUCAUAUAGACAAUGAUCCAGUUAGGUACAACGUUAAUCGAGAGAUCAAAUAAACUUGAAUCAAUACAUUAGAAAAAAAAAAAAAAAAAAGCGAAUAAUGUACGAGAAAUCAAUCAUAAAAGUUGGGAUAAACAUCUAUGUUCACAACAACAAUUCUACAACAAUCUAAGUUCAUAACUAGUCAUUCAUAGAAAUUACAUAAUUUCCAUGCAAUUAUGUGAAGCUAAGCAAAGUGUAUGACUUAAAGAGAAACAAUUAAACAUUUAAUAAAAAAAAUCACAUGAAGUAUCCGAUAAUGAAAUUAAUACGGGUUGACACCAUUUUGAAUUUUAAACCGAACGAAUGCAAGAACGAAUGCACAUUCCAGAAAUUGAAAGUCAAAAUACAUCAAUAAAUAAAUAAAUCAAUAAAUGGAGAAAUUACAUAAUGGCUGCGAUAAACAAACAGAUAUUCAGGAAUACUGAGGAACAUGGGUUGGAUUCCCGAUCAGUUCAAGAACUUUUCGCAAUGGAACUUUUUUUGAAGUUUUCAGGCAUGAAGUAUUUACCACACAAUAUACACAU